AUGUCUACCCCCGAGGCCACCCCUGCCCCUGCCCCCGUCGAGGAGGUCAAGCCUACCGAGACCCCUGCGCCCGCUGCCGAGGCCGCGCCCGUCGAGCCCGCUGCUAUCGCGGAGGCGCCCAAGGCUGAGGAGCCUGUCGUUGAGGCUCCCAAGGAGGAGGCCAAGACCGAGGAGGCCCCCGCUGCCACCGCCGAAGUCCCGGCUGCCGAGCCUGCGGCCGAGGCCCCCAAGGACGAGGCUGCCGCCGCCCCCGCGACCGAGGAGGCGAAGCCCGCUGAGGAGAAGAAGAGCGACCGUCCCAAGAGCCCCGGCUUGCUCGCCAAACUCCUUGCUCCCUUCAAACCCAACCACGACAAGAAGGCCGAGAAGAAGGUGAAGGAGACCAAGACUAAGAAGGAUAAGAAGAAGGAAGAGUCCGAGGCCUCCGCUGCUCCCGCUGCUACUGAGGAGCCCGCCAAGGAGGAGGCCAAGGCCGAGGAGACCCCGGCUGCUCCUGCCGAGGAAGCCGCUGCUCCCGCUGCCGAGCCGGCCGCCGAGCCCGUCAAGGAGACCGAGACUGCUCCGGCGGAGGAAGCCCCAGCUGCUGAGGCCGCUCCGGCUGAGGCUGCUGCUGAGACCACCGAGAAGAAGGAGGAGAAGCCCAAGGCCUCUCCCGCCAAGAUCGGCCGCCGUUUGUCGGCUCGCGUCGGUGAUUUCUUCAAGGUGAAGCCCAAGGAGGCGUCGCACCCUCCCAAGGUGGAGGAGAACCCGCCCAAGAUCGAGGAGCCUGCACCCGUUGCACCCCUCGAGAACCCCGCUGCUGAGGAAGCCCCCGCAUCAACUGAGGCGCCCGCUGCCGAGCCUGCCCCCGUCGAGGAGGCGCCCAAGCCCCUCGAGACCACACCCGCUCCUGUUGCCGCCGCGGCAUAA